AUAGUGCCUUAUCCUCUCAACUCUCAACUCUCAAGUCUCAACCACCUGCUGCGCUGCAAUCCAACUACUGUACCUUCCGUUCCGACAUAGAAUUCAAAAAUCUCCAUCUCCAGACUCAGAGAAAACUAACCAUGUUAUCAAUGUCGUCAGUUCAAGCCAACAUAAAGGGAACUUUCGCUUGCCCGUCUUCUUUAUUUUCCAACAAACCAUUCUCUGUAAAGCCCAGAGCUCCUGCAACAAUAAUUCUUCAAGCCAAAACCACACCCAUUAGAAGAGACUUCAAGAUUGCAGCUACGGCUGCUUUGGAGGCUCCCACCCAGAAGAGUGGAGCGGGGGUGAAGAAGGUGGGGAAGACAAAACUGGUGUUGAAGUUCGUGUGGAUGGAAAAGAACAUAGGGUUAGGACUUGAUCAAGAAAUAGCAGGGCACGGUACAGUUCCUUUGAGUCCAUACUUUUUUUGGCCAAGGAAAGAUGCAUGGGAAGAGCUGAAGACCACACUAGAGAGCAAGCCUUGGAUAUCCCAGAAGAAAAUGAUCAUAUUACUCAAUCAGGCCACUGAUAUCAUCAAUUUGUGGCAGCAAAGUGGUGUCAACAUCUCCUCUUAAUUCUAUUUAAUUAUUUUGUAAUUCCUGCUGCUCUCAUCUCCCCCCAAUAACCAAUACUCUAUCUUGUUUCAUUUUAAUUUUAAUUUUAAUUUGCUCCCUUU